UGCACGGCCCCAGAAGUUCGAGCGCUCGGGUGAAGCAAAAUGGCGGAAAGCGAGGAUGUUACGUUAGACGGCAAACCGCUUCAUUCGCUUCGUGUGGCGGAUUUAAAAACCGCCCUGGAGCAAAGAGGACUCGCCAAAAGUGGACAAAAAAAUGCACUUAUUAAAAGGCUGAAAGGGGCUCUUAUGUUGGAGAAUCUCCAACGAACAUCAAACCAGCACAUUGGUCUUCAGCCCAACUCUCAGAUUGGGGAGGAGAUGAGUCAGAACAGCUUUAUAAAGCAGUACCUGGCAAAACAGCAGGAGCUUCUCCGACAGAGACUGGAGAGAGAAGCCCGGGAGGCCACUGAGGCAGAUGAGAAACAGAGUCCUGCUGGCCCUGAGGAGGAUGACCACAUGUCGAAGGGUAGCACUUCAUUUCUCCCAGAGAAGCAUCACAUCGGAAGCAUUCAUCUGUCUGUCAACCAGGCGGGUGGUGGAGGGUUGCCACAGGACCCUGGGGUAAUGGGAUCACACAGGUUGGAUACAGGGCCUGUUCCUGUGUCUCAAGAAUUGCCUGACACUAAAGCUGGGAGGAUGUGGCAUCCUUCGUUCCUCCAAGGCCACGAUGAGGGCGCAACACCCUCCCCUCCACGAGCAGUUGCCUCCUUGUCUGUGCGCGUGGUUGGACAACCAGAGCGUCAAGGCCUGCCAAUCAUGAUGCCCCGUUCCCAAGAGAGAGAGGGAACAGCGCCGGUUGAAGCAGGUCCUGCCCAUUCAGUGUUGCAGCUCAGCCGUUCUGCAGCUUGUUCUCAAGUUGAUAGCAAUGAUGAUGACGAGGAGGAUGAUGAUGAUGACGACGACAGUGGUGAUAAUGAUGAAUGGGGCCCUUCCUCACGUGUGAAAAAGGACUUCCGGGCUCCUCCAGUACACCCUCCAGCUGCAGCUGCAGCCCCCCAAAGAUCUCGUCGAAAGCUUCAGCCACCUCAACACAUCCCUCCCCAGCCACAACCAGUCCACCAGCCGCCUCUGCAGCUCCGUCAACCCACUCCUCCCCCAUCACCACCUCCAGAGCUGUCUUUCCCACUACCAGACACUCCCAAACAGAGCCCACAUGAUCAAGAUGAACCAGCCGGCAUAGCAGAAGAUGCUGCUCCAGGGGCAGGAAUGGUCUCUCCUCCAUCCCUCAAAAGACAGGAGUCCAGCUCCAGUUCUAGAUCCAGCAGCCCAGAACCCCCAUCCACACGGAGACCUGGUCCCCUUAGCCUGCUGGUGCAAAAAAUGGAGUCUGAGGGCGUGUUUGGUGCACAGAAGGUAGGGAUGGAGGGAGAGAGAGAAGGAGAAAUGGAAGUUGAAGUGCAGGAGGGUGGCAAACCAGCAGCACAAGACUCCGCUCAGCAGCUUCUCGGGUCAGAGGUGUCCAUACCAGUACCCACAAUGACCCCGGCUCAACAUGAUGCGCAAAAUUCUGAGUUGCAGAAAGAGAAAGACGGGGAGAAAGAAAAUAAGAAAGUAGACGAGACCUCUGCACCAUUCCGUUUGACAUCACCCACAACUUUCCCACCUAAGAGAAAACCAAUUUUCUCAGAGGUCCCACCACCUGAGUCAUUUAAGUCACCCUCCAAACCUCAGGUGUCAGUCCUUACCACAGCGCCAAAGCGCUCUGAAGAUAUUGAUAUGGAGAUAGAGGCCUCUACAGAAAUGGCUGAAUCAAAACAUAAGGGGGUCAAACAAAUGAAGGUUCUGGAGAAAGAGGCACUUAAACCAGCAGAAGCAAGUAAAAAGGCCCUAAAAUCGGCACACGCUACUGAAGAAGGAGAAAUAGAUAAAACGAGAGAAAGUUCACUGAGAGAAAAAUCUCCUGAACGACGCGCAUCAACGUCAAGUCAGUCAUCAUCAUCUGAUACAGAUUCAGAAUCAUCCUCCUCUCGUUCUUCAAGCUCUCCUUCACAGGAAAAGUCUAUCCCACCAAGCCAAAAGAAGGAUGAGAAAGAGAAAAGAAGAGAUGUUGAAGAAAAAAAGAAGGCUCAGUCUUUCAGGGAGGUAAAGCAGGAAGCUCUCUCUGAGCCUGCAGGCCAAGUUGCUAUGGAGCUGGAGGGCCGCUCGCAUUCAGAGAGUGCUCUGCAACAAUCUGACCAACAGGGGGCAGAAUCAAGUGACUCCCACCCCGAGGAGAGCUCCACUGCAAAAUCGUUUGCUGCCCGAAAGAUCUCCCUGAGCAGUAAAACCGAGAUUGCAUCAUCUGAGUCAGAGCCUGUGGGCGGAGCCAGCAGGAAGAGAAGGUGGGGGUCUAGUACAGCAGUCACCGCCAAAAAGCCGUCAAUCAGCAUCACCACUGAAUCGCUGAAGACACUGAUUCCAGACAUCAAGCCCAUACAGGAGGCGGUGGUCGAACUGCACCCAGACGAGAGCCGUCUCUCUGUGGACGAGGACUCAUCUGGGCCUCGUGAGCGAGAGGAACCAGAAGAGGAUCAGGGUCUCAAGAUCAGACGCACAGUGACACAGAUUGUUCCGUCUGAUGGACAUGAGAAUGGGCAGAAAGAAAUGGAAGAGGAGGAGGAUGAUGAAGAAGAACCGAAAUGGACAGGAGGAGAGAAGGAAAUGCAUAAGAAACAGGAGAGCUCCCCUGAUGCUUGCAUAGAAACACAGGAAGGUGAUUCCAAGAAAGUUACUCCCAAUGAUUCGUUGGUGCGGCGCUCCAUCAGUCAGCAGAAAUCAGGAGUAUCCAUAACUAUUGACGACCCCAUUAGGACAGGUCGCCAACUGUCUCCUCCUCGUGGAAAAACCUCCAAAAUCAUACACGUAUGCAACCUGGUGCGACCCUUCACCUUAGGGCAGCUGAAGGAGUUGUUAAAUCGGACUGGUACAUUGGUGGAGGAGGGUUUCUGGAUCGAUAAGAUCAAAUCUCACUGCUAUGUCACA